GUUAUGAACGUGCCAAAGAAAUGCUUGAGCCGGUGCCUUAUCCUGACGAUUUUCCAGAACUUCCAAAACUUAAGACCUUAGAAGAACAAGCCAAAAGAUUAGGAUCUGAAUAUCACGAGAAUUUCAAGCGUCCACCUAUCACUGUUACUUUUGAAGAUCGUACUAAUAAUGCUGGAGUUAAACAACGAAGAUCCACUUUGACGGGUAACGAUACUACUGGUGUUAAUGAUGGAAGUAAAAAUUCCACUUUGAUGAAUUAUGUUCCUGAUGCUUGGAAUCAUGGAUGUGAAAUAUUUUGUAAGAUUGAUGUUAAACGUAUUAAACAAGAUAAGAAAAGUAAAAAAUGGGUCGUAUUUUAUGAAUGGUUGGAUGAAGGGAGAGAAGCCUUCGUUAAUGAUAGUCAUAACUCACUCUCCUUUGUAACUGCUGAUCUUGUUUUUGUCGCCGCCGGUACUUUCGGAACUAACGAGAUAUUGCUUAGGUCACAAGCCAAUGGACUUGAGAUUAGCUCUCAAUUGGGACAAGGUUUUAGCGGAAACGGUGAUAUAUUAGGAUUUGGAUAUAACACUGAUUCAUUAUGCAAUGGAGUCGCAAUGGGUAAUACUAAUCCUUCCGAUUUUAAGGAACCCGUUGGCCCUUGCAUCACGGGUAUUAUUGAUAUGCGUAAUUCUGGUUCUAAUGUCUUGGAGGGAUAUGUGAUUGAAGAAGGUGUGAUUCCUUAUGCUCUUGCCAGUGUUGCCAACUUUUUCCUUAGAGCUAUUGAUGAUAACCCUGAAGUAAAAGCAUCUGAUAAUUCCGGAGAAAAGAUGACUAAAACUUGGAGAAAAAUUUCAUCCAGUGUUUCAAAUUAUAAAGGUGCUAUGGCAAAUACUCAAACGUAUUUGAUUAUGUCUCAUGAUGAUAACACUGGCUAUUUAGAAUUACGUGAUGAUAAGCUUAAUAUAGAAUAUGAUGGUGCUGGACUUACCAAGACGGUUAAAAACUUAAAUGAUAUUUUAAAAGAAGCUACAAAUAAAAUUAAUGGUACUUAUAUUCCAUCACCACUGUGGUCUAAAAGGGCUUUGGGAAAUGCUUUAAUAACUGUGCAUCCUAUUGGAGGAUGUAAUAUGGGAAAGGAUGGUUAUGUGGGUGUUGUCUACAAAGGUGAUGGUACAGAAGUUCAUGAAGGACUAUAUGUUUGUGAUGGAUCAAUCAUACCAAGAGCUCUUGGUGUAAACCCAUUCUUUACUAUUAGCGCUUUGGCUGAAAGGAUUUGUAACUUAGCCGCCCGUGAUCGAAAUUGGACAAUUAAUUAUGAUCUUGUUAAGGAACCAAUUAAUUUUGAAAAACCAUCUGUUAUAUGGCCUCGUGAGUCUCUUGAACCUAUUGAGACGACAUGGCCACCUUUAAACGGAGGUGUCACUUUUACCGAAGUUAUGAGAGGUUAUUUUUCAACUGAAGUCAUUACAAAAAAUUAUAAAGCUGCUGAAAUUCAAGCUAAAUCAUCCAAUUCGACCAUGCAAUUUUUAAUUAAUAUAAUCGCGUUUAAUGUAAACUCACUUAUUGACCUGGAAGACAAUUCCGCUACUAUUUCUGGUACCGUGUCAUGUCGUGCACUAUCACCUGAUCCUUUGACCAUAGUCCAAGGAAAAUUCCGCCUAUUUAUAAAAGAGAAAAAUCAGGUUGAUGCCAAUACUAUGAUGUAUAAUCUUAAUUUGGUAGCCACUGACGGAUCUAAAUAUCGAUUCAAAGGAUUCAAACUUUUGGACAAUGAUAGUGUGUUAGGUGCAUUGAUGGAUCCAGUCGGUAUGUCAAAAACGCAAAGAGCUGGCGCAUUUUUCCAAUUUACCGGUUUCUUUGCUAGUACCAUGAUACAACGCACUUUCACCAGGUUCCUUCCUUUGCAAUACUCUUCAAACGGAUUAACUAUUCAGUCCUUUGAUAAACCUAGUAGACCAACAAAAGAAGUUUUUCAAAUUACAACCGACGAUAAUGUCCAAACCAAAUUAUUUAGAUAUAAAGGUGGAAACAAAGGUCCAGUGCUUUUGGUCCAUGGUGCAUCAGUGACACAUGAAAUGUUUUCAACAAAUCUAAUCAAAAAUAACUUUUUGGAUUAUAUGAUGGAUAACAAAUAUGACGUAUUCUUAAUCGAUCUUCGUAUUGCACCAACAAACGUUCAAAGUUCUAGUCAACACACUCUAGAAGAUUGUGUUUUGGAUGUUAAAGCGGCUGUAAACGAAAUUCUCAGAAUAACAGGAUGUAAAAAUAUCUCAAUGAUUUCUCAUUGCCUUGGAGUUCUUGUAACUUUUAUAGGAUUGUUAAGUGGAGAGAUUAAAGGUGUUAGUUCACUUGUAUCAUCUCAAACGGUAAAAUUGCAAUAA